GACCGUACAUCAUGGAUCCAGCUACCUCGAUGAAUCAGGUGGGAAUAGCAAAAGCUGUUCAAGUCCUUGACUGGAACAACAGAAUCUUAACGCUACUAGGGAUCUGGCCUAGCUCUCCAAACAACCUAAGAUUUACUCUGAGUUUCGGUUAUAUGGCAAUCCAGUUGGCUUUGGAAUACGCGGAUCUUUUCCAAUCCACCAACACGUUUGAGCAUAUCGUUGCGAAUCUCACGCAAAACAUUACGUUCACAACAAUUGUGUUCCAAGUAAUGUUACUACGUUUGAACUGUCGACAACUCAAAGAAGUGAUCGUUACGGUGCGCGAGGACUUUCACGAGGAAAAUUAUGAAAGUUGCGAAGAAAGAAAAGUAUUCUUAGCUUACUACAAACAGUCCAGGAUAUUUUUUCUAACAGCAGUCCCAAUGGUACUUUCUACCGCCAUCACUACGUACGUGGCACCACUCGCUAGUGUACCGGGAAUGAAGAAUAGAAAUGAGACCGUGAAAUGGAAUUUGCCGUAUCACAUGCGGAUGUUUCACGACGUGUCGCAACUUCACUCUUACGCACUGACUUACGCCGCUCAGCUUCCAUUUGUUUUCAUCGCGUCCUUUGGCCACACUGGUCCCGAUUGUUUAAUCGUAACCUUGAUGCUUCACGUUUGUGGCCAAUUGGCCGUCCUGGGGGAACGCAUCGGCAACAUGAGCACUGAUUAUCGAGAAUGCGGCCUAGCGAUAGAAAAGUGCGUCCGGAAGCACGUCAGACUGAUACGGAUGGCGAAAGAUUUGGAGGAGUCCUACAACGUCAUCUUGUUGGUACAACUCAUCGGAGGAACGGUUCUCAUUUGCAUCCUGACUUACAAUGUCUUGGCGAAUACUGGAACAGGACAAAAAGCUCACUUCCUUACUUUCUCGUUGUACGUCCUCAGCGUCUUGCUUUUGAUCUACGUCUACUGUUUCAUCGGCGAGAGCCUUAUUCAAGAGAGUACGAAAGUACAUCAUGCCCUCACUCAGUGUGCUUGGCACGAGAUGCCACUGAAAUAUGAGAAAAUGAUCAUCAUUUGCAUGGGGAGAGCUCAGCAGCCGCUCAUACUGACGGCUGGAAAAUUUUACAUAUUUUCUAUGAGGAACUUUACCGCUAUAUUAAGAACUUCCAUGGCUUACCUUUCGGUGUUGAGAAGUCUAUUGUGAUCACUAAUGAGCGUAUACCCCACGAUUCGAAGUGACUCCAGCUUAGGAUAUAACACUUGGUUUGAGAAACGCAAUGGAACCGAGGAAAUAUCUAUUGAACAAUGAUUACCGAUAUCUAGAAUUUUUUAACGAUAGACUGAAUUGAGAAUCGGAUGAAAGAUCACUUUGGACGACUCAUUAGUUCGAAUCUAACGCGGUGCUGUAACGCAAAAUUUCGUUUACAAGACGUGCUCGCAAUGUUUAAACUAUUAUUACAAUAAAGCUGGACAUCCGUUUUAGCAAAAUUCAUUAGUAAAUCACGAAGUAUUUUACAGAAUACUGAUAAUGCGCGCACAGAAUCUUGUGAAUGAUAAUUAUAGGUCUGUAUUAGGAAACUUCAAAUAAAUUACAUGUUAGAUGGAAGAUACUGAGAAAAAAAAUAAAUA